AUGCCUCGCGACUCUAGCCCCCAGGCCGACCCUGCCCUCGAUACCCCCGUGCGGCAGACACGUGCCCGCUCAAAGCUCACCAAUGCUUCUCCUCUGAUGCGAGGUCUUGACCACCGGGGACGUCCCCAGGGUCCCCUCAUCGAAAAGCCCAAGCCCAAGCCCAAGCCCAAGCCCAAGCCCAAGCCCAAGCCUAAGGCCAAGCCCGAGCCCAAGGUCGCCCCCAAAUCGAAAGGCAGUCUAAAGCCGGCCAUUAAGAAGGCCAGCAACAAACUCAGGAGGAAGCAGAAGGUCGCUUUCCGAGCCCAAGCCAGUCAUGUUUCUGACAACGAGUCUGAAAACAGUCCAGUUGAGGAGGAGGAGGACGACGACGCACAGGAUGCUGCAGACAAUGAUGACGACAACUCGAAUGAUGCACCUCCUGCUCAGAACAAUGAUGAUCAGGUUCCAGAUGAAGAGGAUUCUGAAAUGUCAGAUGCCCUUGAUUCCCCUGAUUCAGACGAUUCUGAACCGCCAAGCCCAACUCAAAACCCUGAGGACGGCACCAAUGAUGAUUCCCCCGAGUCUUCCACUUCGCCCGAGAACAACAACAACUCUGGGUUGCCUGAUGCCCCCGAUGCCCCUGCUCCCACCCCUACAGCCAACCAAGGUGAUGACAGUGGUAACGCUCCCGUUGACGGAGACAACGCAGACCCCGUUGAGCAUGUCUCUGAUCCCGAAGAGUCUGAUUUUUCAGACAAUAGUCUUUCAGCUUCGGAGCCCGCUGCCCACGCCAAAGUCUUGACACCGAUCAGCGUUCCAUCCUCGGGUAAUCUCAGCCCAUUGAUUAUGCCCCAUCUCGACCCUAAGUGA